AAUGGCAGAGAACCGUAGAAGACAGGGAGCGGCGAAAAAGGCUUGCUUGGCGCCAUUAUUUAGAACUAGAAAAUUUUGAUUCUUGCUCUCCCUCGUAGCAUACUGUGGAAAGAGGAGGACGACAAUGGCGGAGAUACUGACGCCGAUGGACAUUGACGAAGAAACCGGCGACCAUGGCAACAAUCACUACCAGAGACCAAACAAGGGCAAAAACGUCGUCGUCGCCGACACUAAAGCUACUCCGUGGGUCGAGAAGUACCGCCCUUUGUCCCUUGCCGACGUCGCCGCCCAUCGGGACAUCGUCGACACCAUUGACAGGCUUACGAGCGAGAAUAGAUUGCCUCAUCUGCUGUUGUAUGGCCCUCCUGGUACCGGCAAAACGUCAACCAUUCUGGCUGUGGCGCGCAAGCUUUAUGGAGCACAGUACCACAACAUGAUCCUGGAGCUGAAUGCCUCAGAUGAUAGGGGUAUCGAAGUGGUACGACAACAGAUCCAAGAUUUUGCCAGCACACAAAGCUUCUCGUUUGGUGCAAAGUCACAAGUAAAGUUGGUCUUACUUGAUGAGGCAGAUGCCAUGACAAAGGAUGCACAAUUUGCCUUGCGUAGAGUGAUUGAGAAAUACACAAAGAAUGCUAGGUUUGCACUUAUUUGUAAUCAUGUCAACAAGAUUAUUCCUGCACUACAGUCCAGAUGUACUCGAUUUAGAUUUGCUCCUCUGGAUCCUGAUCAUGUCGAUCAGCGACUGAAGCAUGUUAUUGAGUCUGAAAGGCUUGAUGUAACUGACAGCGGCUUGGCAGCACUUGUAAGGCUUAGCAAUGGUGAUAUGAGAAAGGCUUUGAACAUUUUGCAGGUUUUAAGAUAAACUUAUAUAUUGCUUCUUUGUAUGCUGGUGUUAUGGGUACUAAUCUAGUGGUGUUCUUGUUUUAGUGGUUUUCAUUUGAGAAACAAGAUAUGGGUACUAAUCUAUCAAAGCAGACAUCUUCUCAUAUAUAAGUAGUGGCACUUAAUGCUGCAAAAAUAUUCUACUUAGUUAUUAGGGUUGUAAACUUGUAACGGCUCCAUUUAGUGAAUGUGUAAAAUUUGGGAAGCAUACACAUAACAUCUCCACACUUGGAAUAAUUUUGUGACUGAUUUUGUAAGUGUUGCUUGAAACAAUGUUGAGUUUUUAUAAGAACUAUUUAGUUUUAAAGCAGUCACCAAUCAUAUUAAUUUUUAAUUUUUUGAUGAAUGCAGUCAACACACAUGGCUUCUCAGCAGAUUACAGAAGAAGCUGUAUACCUAUGUACUGGAAAUCCUAUGCCUAAGGACAUUGAGCAGAUAGCUUACUGGCUUCUAAAUGAAUCAUUUAGGGAG